CUCACCAGCAUUUAUGAUUUGUCCUUCUCUUCCUACACAGAGCCAGAUGUGAUCAGGAAUCUCAGAGUGUCUGAAAUCACAACAUCAUCUGUGUUUCUGACAUGGGAAGAACCAGCCGGAAAUAGAGAUUUCUUUAAAUUUAAUUGGACUGAUGAGAAAACAUCUAAUCAUGUAACAACCAAUAGCCCAUGGUAUAACAUCACUGAUCUGACUGCUGGAGUCAAUUACACAUUUAUCAUCACAGCUGUUGCGGCAGAUAAAUCAACAGAAGGAGAAUCAGUGGUUACCUCUAAAUAUACAAAGCCUGACGUCAUAAUGAACAUCACAGCUGCUGAUAUUACAACAUCCUCAGUCUUACUAAAUUGGACUAAACCAAAUGGCCAAAGCUCCCAUUACCGUGUAGAAUAUGAAAAUAACAGUGUGACUACUGAAAACACCUCCAUUGAGAUAAAUGAUCUGACUCCUGGAGCACAGUACACAUUCAGAGUGUUUGCAGUUGCAGCUGAUCAUGUGACCGAGGGGAGAGCCAAUCAGAUUUCACUGUAUACCAAGCCAGAUGUGAUCAGGAAUCUCAGAGUGUCUGAAAUCACAACAUCAUCUGUGUUUCUGACAUGGGAAGAACCAGCCGGAAAUAGAUCUUUUUUUAUACUUAAUUGGACUGAUGAGAAAUUGGACUUGACCAGAAAUUCAAUAGAAACUACUAACACUUCCUAUAACAUCACUGGUCUUACUGCUGGAGUCAAUUACACAUUUAUCAUCACAGCUGUUACUGCAGAUAAAUCAACAGAAGGAGAAUCAUUGGUUACCUCAAAUUAUACUAAGCCUGACGUCAUUAUGAACCUCACAGCUGCUGAUAUUACAACAUCCUCAGUCUUACUAAAUUGGACUAAACCAAAUGGCCAAAGCUCCCAUUACCGUGUAGAAUAUGAAAAUAACAGUGUGACAGCUGAAAACACCUCCAUCGAGAUAAAUGAUCUGACUCCCGGAGCACAGUACACAUUCAGAGUGUUUGCAGUUGCAGCUGAUCAUGUGACCGAGGGGAGCGCCAAUCCGAUUUCACUGUAUACCAAGCCAGAUGUGAUCAGGAAUCUCAGAGUGUCUGAAAUCACAACAUCAUCUGUGUUUCUGACAUGGGAAGAACCAGCCGGAAAUAGAGAUUUCUUUAAACUUAAUUGGACUGAUGAGAAAACAUCUAAUCAUGUAACAACCAAUAACCCAUGGUAUAACAUCACUGAUCUGACUGCUGGAGUCAAUUACACAUUUAUCAUCACAGCUGUUGCGGCAGAUAAAUCAACAGAAGGAGAAUCAGUGGUUACCUCUAAAUAUACAAAGCCUGACGUCAUAAUGAACAUCACAGCUGCUGAUAUUACAACAUCCUCAGUCUUACUAAAUUGGACUAAACCAAAUGGCCAAAGCUCCCAUUACCGUGUAGAAUAUGAAAAUAACAGUGUGACUACUGAAAACACCUCCAUUGAGAUAAAUGAUCUGAUUCCCGGAGCACAGUACACAUUCAGAGUGUUUGCAGUUGCAGCUGAUCAUGUGACCGAGGGGAGAGCCAAUCAGAUUUCACUGUAUACCAAGCCAGAUGUGAUCAGGAAUCUCAGAGUGACCAACAUCACAACCUCAUCUGUGUUUCUGACAUGGGAAGAACCAGCCGGAAAUAGAUCUUUCUUUAAACUUCAGUGGACUGAUAAUAAAACAAGUGAAAAUUCAACAGAAACUAUUAACACUUCCUAUCACAUCACUGGUCUGACUUCUGGAGUAAAUUACACAUUCUGCAUCACUGCUGUUACUGCAGAUAAAUCAACAGGAGGAGAAACUGUCUGCAGAUCACAAUUUACUAAGCCAAAUGUGAUCCGGAAGUUCAGAGUGACCAACAUCACAACAUCAUCUGUGGUUCUGACAUGGGAAGAACCAAUUGGAAAUAGAUCUUUCUUUAAACUUCACUGGACUGAUGAGAAAACAAACAGAAAUUCAACUGAAACUAGUAACACGUGCUAUAACAUCACUGGUCUGACUGCUGGAGUCAAUUACACAUUUAUCAUCACAGCUGUUGCAGCAGAUAAAUCAACAGAAGGAGAAUCAGCGGUUACCUCAAAUUAUACUAAGCCUGACAUCAUAAUGAACAUAACGGCUGCUGAUAUUACAACAUCCUCUGUUUUACUAAACUGGAUUAAACCAAACGGUCAAAGCUCCCGUUACCGUGUAGAAUAUGAAAAUAACAGUGUGACUACUGAAAACACCUCCAUCAAAAUAAAUAAUCUGACUUCCGGAGCACAGUACACAUUCAGAGUGUUUGCAGUUGCAGCUGAUCAUGUGACCGAGGGGAGAGCCAAUCAGAUUUCACUGUAUACCAAGCCAGAUGUGAUCAGGAAUUUCAGAGUGACCAACAUCACAACCUCAUCUGUGUUUCUGACAUGGGAUGAACCAUUUGAAAAUAGAUCUUUCUUUAAAAUUAACUGGGCUGAUGAGAAAACAAACAGAAAUUCAACAGAAACUAGUAACACUCUCUAUUACAUCACUGGUCUCACUGCUGGAGUCAAUUACACAGUCUGCAUCACUGCUGUGACAGCAGAUAAAUCAAAAGGAGAAACUUUCUGCAUCUCAAAAUAUACCAAGGCUUCCUCUACCUCUCUGGUGGUCAAAGCACUAGGCGUUGCACUCACUGCAAUAAACCUAACAUAUUCUUCUGAAUUGUGUACAUGCCUCUCAAUUUUUGAUGCUUCUCCCAACAGUCUUGACAGCAAGUCUGCAAAGUUCUUUCUGCCAGAUGAUGCUUCAAGAGUGAAGUUGUCAAUGUGUGGCAGUUCCUUUGAUGACUACAUCAACGCCAACUACAUCCCAGGCUACAAUUCAAGAAAGGAGUUUAUAGCAGCUCAGGGUCCGUUACCCGUAACAGUGAAUGAAUUCUGGAGAAUGGUCUGGGAGAAGAACGUCUACACCAUCGUGAUGCUGACCAAAUGCAAUGAGAUGGGACGAGUGAAAUGUGAGAAGUACUGGCCAUCUGGGACUAAUCAUUAUCAUAACAUCUCUGUGACGACCACUUCAGAGAUCGAACUGGAGAGUUGGACAAUAAGAGACUUUAGAAUCAAAAAUGUGAAAACAGCAGAAUCUCGCUACGUACGCCAGUUCCACUUUACGGCAUGGCCGGAUCAUGGAGUUCCACAGACCACUGAAGUCCUCAUUGACUUCAGACACCUGGUGAGAGAACACAUGGAGCAGUACUCACGUCACUCUCCAACUGUGGUGCACUGCAGUGCCGGUGUGGGAAGAACAGGGACCUUCAUUGCCAUUGACCACCUGAUCUUCCAGGUUGAAAGAGACAGCAUGGUGGACAUCUUCGGAAUCGUUAAUGACAUGCGCAUGCACAGGCCUCUUAUGGUGCAGACUGAGGAGCAAUAUGUUUACCUCCACCAGUGUGCAUAUGACAUAAUUCGAUCAAGAACUGGAACCAAUGUGGACUUAAUUUACCAGAACGCAGCAGCACUCAGUAUCUAUCAGAAUGUAAACUAUCAAAAUCAUGUUGGUGUGGAAGGGAAUGAGAAGGGAGCCAUGAUUGACACCGUCUGUAAUUUACAGUGGAAGCUUCCAGAUUACUCUUCCUUCCCACAUCAAGUCUAUAUGGCAUCAGAUGCUCCAGGCUGCUGUUCAAGUUCUCCUAGCCUUGACAUUCAGUGUUUGGAGCUUGGAAGACAUCCUGCCCUACUUUCCCUCCUUUGA